CGCCGCACGGACGCGGCCCACGGCGGCAGCGCGGCAUGAAGAGCUCGGCGGAGCCGCGCGCGGCGGGCGACGUCGACGUGGAGCUGCUCAAGGCGGUGGCGCAGGCGUGGCACGCGCACUCGGGCAACCCGCGGCCGUCGCGGGCGUCGGAGACCGGCGGCGACGACAGCGACGCGGCCGGCGCCGGCGCGCGCCCCCGCGCGGGCGCGUCGCGGCACCGACCGUCCCGGUUCAAGCUGGAGGCCAUGGCCGCGGCGGCAGCUCCGCCCCGCGAGGCGGCGCGGGACUUCGCGCGGUCGUUGUGGGACACGUACGAGCUCGUCAGCGUGGCGUGGAAGCUCGAGUCCGGCCUCGUCAUCGCCGACCACGCGGCGGCGGCGCCGACCGUGCCGCGGGGCGGAGACGCGCGGGGAGCAGGGAAGCGGGCCAAGGAGAGCGGGCGCAGCCUGAGGAGCCUGUUCCUGCGCUCCACGUCCAGGAGGUUCGGGGAACCAAACAGCUAAGAAUGCACAUUUGAGGUCUGUUGCAUCGCAGUUGUGAAGUUUGCUCAAAAUUCAGAAAGGGCAAGAAAGAAAACAGAACGAUCCGUCACAGGGACACAUCAGCACCCCAAAUUCCCAUGUCUUCCAUAGUUUUCGGCAUCUGAACGAGCUCAGUAUGAAUUCCAGCGCUGCUGCACUUGUCGAUUUGGAUCCUUUUCAGGGCCACUUAUUUUACCAGGACAUGAGCGAUUUUGCAAAAGGUGGAGGACAGAGGCUUGAUUGCAGAUGCAUGUCGCGCCUUGGAAGUGACGGCGAUGGACAUCUUUGCACGGAACGGGUGGCAGUUUAGUAAUAGACUUUGUGGCUUGUAAUUUGCUUCUUGUUUAGCUUUCAAAAUUUGUAAUAAGGGCUGGAUAUAACUCUUUGAUAUAGAGGCCGGGAUAUUGUUCAAUAUUCCUUUAUCUAAAAAAAGGGAGACAAAAAUUUGCUUGGUCA